AUGGACCACACACGCGAUCCCUGCCCAUUUGUGGCUCUCAGUGAUUUCGGAGGUGCAUUUUGUAUGGGUGCAAUUGGUGGUUCUGUCUGGCACGGUAUCAAGGGAUAUCGAAACAGCCCUUACGGCGAGCGAAGGGUAGGCGCCCUAACAGCUAUUAAGGCCCGAGCCCCCGUGUUGGGAGGAAAUUUUGGAGUAUGGGGUGGUAUGUUCUCUGUGUGGGACUGCACAAUUAAGGGAAUCCGUAAGAAGGAAGAUCCCUGGAAUGCCAUUAUGGCUGGUUUUAUGACUGGUGGUUCGCUUGCUAUUCGUGGUGGUUUCAAAGCAGCUCGCAACUCUGCUAUUAUGUGUGCUGUGUUCCUUGGUGUUAUUGAGGGUGUUGGUAUUGGUUUCCAGCGCAUGAUGGCUGAUAACACAAAACUCGAGCUUCCUCCUGCCCCUCCGGCUGAGCAGAAGGCUUUCGCUUAA